CCACCCUUGAGACGAGCUAAUGCACACGCUUGAGCUGCUCACACCUCGCUUCUGUCUAGCAGCAUGACAUCGAUUCAGAGUUGCACAGCGCUUCACGGUCUGUGUAAACGACGUCGAGUUUGAAUGUAGUCCAAUCUUCUGAUUGUCGGACGUGGCGUGCAUUCGCCGGCCGCGUUUGCAACUACUAAAACCGGGCAAAACAUGUUUCAAAUCGACGGCGAAGCUCUCGAUAAGCUGUGAGUGUGGUGGGGAGUCUGUCUCUUCCAAAAAUGGCGACCUUACGUUGCUUUUGCCGUUCAAGCGCUAAUAGUGCACUCCUGAACGUCUCUCGACGUGAGCUGCAUGGACUAGGAUGUUUGGCCAAGGUUCUUUUGGUAGGCACUCUUCAGGAGCAGAGACGUGUCGGCAACAUUGACCUUCGCCCCUGCAUGCUAUGCUGCCUGCUCUCUUCGUCUUUUCUUGCUUCGGAGACUCAAACUACGCGAGAUUUUCGGACAUGUCGCGUUCACUCACUUAGCUCAAUACCUUUGGCUUCAUCCUAGAUGCUAAUUGCAAAGUUCUACCUAUCUCCUGGCAUAAUAUAACGGCCUUGUCAAGCAAGACCGAGCGCUUGUCGGUUCGUGACGAUACGUUAUCCUGUGCUCCAGGGUCCUGGCAUAGUUACGUUCGGUUCUACGAGUUUCCUCUGCUGGAGAUAUUCUGGGGAGUACAGGUUUCAGGAAAAUCCCACAUAUCACUCGUGGUCUUGGACAGAAUGCAACUUCGUUGUGAGAAGAAUUAUUUUCAGCACAGGGCAGUUGACCUUCUAAGUUGCAAGUAACAAUGCUAGAGAAAUUUCGCUCCAACUUCUCCCACCGUCCGAAGAAGGAGGACGAUGAACCUUCUCCCACUCCAAAAACAGUCGAGAGGAACUUGUCUCCUAAGCCUCCCCUUAGCUGGAUGCGAAGGAAAAGCUCGGGCUCUCUCGCGACCUUAUUGUCACACCGACCUUCCAACUCCAGUCUCAUAAGCGGCGAUGAAGCAGAAGAUCACUCCACAGAUUAUGAAAUGGAGUCUCUUGGUCUUCGUGCCAUUCAUGAACCAGAAGGGAGACCAAUCGCAGAUAUCAUUUUUGUGCAUGGCCUUGGUGGACACAGUUAUAAGACAUGGUCAAAGGAUCGUGACAGAGAUUUCUUUUGGCCGGGCCUGUGGCUUCCAAAAGACCCGAAGAUUGGAAGAGCGAGACUGUUUACAUAUGGCUACAAUUCAGGCUUGACUGGCCCAAAAACUGUGUCCAACAUCAUGGGCUUUGCCAGGUCCCUCUUAUUCGACAUGCGUUAUAGCAGGGGUCAGCAAAGCAACAGUAUUAGGAUUGGCGACGUACCGAUUAUCUUUGUAGCGCAUUCUAUGGGUGGCCUCGUUGUCAAAAAGGCUUACCUUAUGGCGCAACACGAUAACAGCUGUCAAGAGCUCGCGCGCUCUAUCUCUGGAAUCAUUUUCCUCUCCACGCCACAUCGUGGUUCAUCUCUCGCCAACACCCUUGACCUGAUCCUGCGAUCCAUUCUCCAACCAAAGCGGCCUUUCAUUAAAGAAUUAGAAAGGAAUUCCUCCGCAAUCGAGGAUAUCAAUGAAGAAUUCCGUCAUGUGGCGCCGAAACUCUCUAUCAUCUCCUUCUACGAAGAACUCCAUACUGUGAUCCUCUCGCAGCCUCUGAUGAUUGUUACCAGAGAUUCUGCUAUCCUUGGCUAUGAAAACGAGCAGACACGAGGGCUCAAUGCUGACCAUCAUACUAUUUGCAAAUUCGAGAACGAUAGGGAUCCCAGCUUCAAGAUAGUCCGGGACGUUGUGAAGGGUCUCGUUGAGAAAUUCAGCACAGACGUUAUCAAACCAGCGGGUACCACCAAUCCCAGGACGAUCAGCCUCGUGAAAAGAGCCCUGGGGAUGUCCCGUACUGAUUCAGAGGAUCUUGAUUCACUCCGAAAGCUUUGGAUCCCGGGAAGUUGUGAGUGGAUCUUGACGAAUUCUACCAUUCGAGUGUGGCUAGAGGACGCCUCCCGUUCUCACUUGGUAUGGUACAAUGCUCCCCCAGCUAGUGGGAAAUCAGUCCUAUCAAGCUACCUAGUGCAUUACCUUCAGUCUGAGGGGUAUGCCUGCCAAUAUUACUUUUUCAGUCAAGGAGAUCAGACAAGGCGAUCCAUCGGCCAGUUUCUGAAGUCAAUGGCUUGCCAAAUAUGUCGUAUGAUGCCAGACUAUGCAGAAGAAUUGCUUGCAUUCAGCACUGGAGAGUCUCAGCUGUCGAGUGGCGGUUACCUUUCCCUAUGGCAGACAUUAUUCGAAGACAUGUUAUUUGCUAGAACAUCAGAUUAUCCUCUCUUCUGGAUUGUUGAUGGCCUAGACGAAUCAGACUCUGCAUCAAAGGUUCUUGAGCUGUUGGAAAAUGUGCUCUCGAGGUCAAAGCUGACAAUUAAGAUUCUGGCUACUGGACGACGGACAGACAAACUCUCUUUGAUGUUCAGAAAGCUACAGCGUUUGGUUGUGGCUAAUGAAAUCGACGGGGCUGAACAUAACCACAAUUCCCACGAUAUUCAGUUGCUAGUUGACCGAGAGCUCGAACUGAUGCAUGGGAGUAUGGAGCACAAGGCACGUCUUCGGCAGGAUAUUCUCACACGCGCAAACGGCAACUUCCUCUGGGUUAGCUUGGUCCUUGAGGAACUUCAUAAAUGCCAGACCGAAAGUGAAAGUCAACUUACCCUAGAACAAAUACCAGCAGAUAUGACAAAGAUGUAUGAACGGAUGGAGCAGCUUGUCAUCGAUAACCCGAACCCGAGGCAGGUUGAAUUGGCAAAGGAAUUGCUUCGCUGGACAAUCUGCGUACCGACGCCCUUGAAAUUGAACGAGCUUCAAGAAGCCGUUAGCAAAAAUUACCCCGAUAUCAUCGAACUUGAAAAGACUAUCCGAGCCGUUUGUGGCCAAUUCAUUCUUGUUGACAGCACGAAGCAUGUUAUGAUGGUGCACCAGACCGCUCGAGACUUCAUGACAAACGCAUCAAAGAGUGUCAUUGCAAUUGAUCGUCAAGUCGCGCACAGUACUCUGCUGAUCAAAAGCCUCUCCGCUCUUUGUGAUGUGGAGCCGUACGAUGCUGUCCAUAGACAGAAAAGGCACAUGCCAGGCCUUGAGGAGCUCGAAAAGCACCAGCCUUUCCUUCUCUAUGCUGCCAAUUCAUGGUUCUACCACCUCAAGUAUGCCGAUCCCAUUGCUGAUAACGUGAUUGAUGCACUGGAGAAAUUCUUCAGCAGUCCUUACGUUCUCGAUUGGAUAUAUUCCCUUGCUAUGCUCGAUCAAGUGAAAUUGUUAGCUAAGGUCGGGAAAGCUCUUUUGGGGUUUGUGAUCGACAAUCGCAAACACAACAACUCAAGGAAUCCAAUGCUUCAUCGACUCUCUUCAAUCGAGCUUCUAGAAAGCUGGUCCGCAGACUUGGUGAAGAUAACAGCCAAAUUCAGCAAUCAUCUUGUCAUUGAGCCUUAUUCAAUCUACGACAUUGUGCCAGCAAUGUGUCCACCAGGCUCAAUCAUUGGUCGCUUAUUCGUGCGCCCCAAGUCUGCAAAAGCUCUUGUAUCUGGACAGAGCGAUUCCUGGAACGACAUUUCCGCCCGGCUUUCUCUUCAGGAGGAUGAUGUAGCCUUGAAGAUUGUCUCUGCAGGCCCUCAUAUCGCGGUACUCGCUCAAGGUGGUAUCAUAUAUAUAUGGAGUUCAGCAGAUUUUCGAGAAAUCUGCAGAAUCGACCAUGGUGAGGCGGUGACGAGUAUUUGCCUGAACGCGAAAGGUAACAUACUCGUGACUUAUGGACUAAAGUUGACAAAAGUCUGGGAAGUUCCGAGCAGGGUACUUCAUACAGAACUAGCCAACCAUUGUAACACCAAAGCCAUGUGCCUUGCCUUUGCUAUGAAAGAUCAGCGUAUAUUAGCUGCAAAUGACGACAAUUCGAUAAGAUAUUUCGACAUAUCUGAAAAAGACGGCGUAUGGAAGGCCCUCAACGACUCUCUGAUGAAAGAAGAGUCUCAAUCCGACUCAGUCAUUAUCAAUAGCCCAAGCUGCAUGGCAAUGAACCCCGCCUGCACACAGCUUGGUGUAUGUUACAGGUCCUUCCCUCUUACGGUCUGGGAUUUAAGCAGUGGCACGAUAGUCUCUCGUUGCAUGAGGCGUACGGUCAGCCCAUUUCCAAACCCAACCUCCGUGCAGUCAUGGUUUCCAGUAGAAGUGUUUGCUUGGAAUCCCACCACCGGCCACAUCCUUGGAUGGUAUAAAGGGAACAGGCUUUUCAAAUGGCAUCCAUUAACAGACGAGACUCACGAAGUCUCAGCGUUGGUUGAUGAACUGGUAUGCAGCCCUGACGGGAAGGUAGUCUUGACAAGCGACAGCAAUGGGACAGUCAAGAUAUGGAAUUUUACCUAUCUUACCGUCGUCUAUCAACUUUCUUCAGGUGAUCUGGUUAGUGGCCUAUCCUUCAGUCCGAACUGUACUCGAUUCUAUGAUAUCCGCGGAUCAUUGAUCACUGCUUGGGAGCCUAAUGCAUUACUGCGUCUCGCAGAGGCAGAGGACAACUUCAGCGAUUCUCUCAGUCACGAGCAGCGUGGCACCGUGAUCUCUCGUUUGUCUGAAGUAACUGCUCCGCAGUAUUCAAGCUUGACAGCCCUUGCAGCCGCGCCAGGAGGCUUGUUAUUUGCAACAGGAAAUGAAGAUGGCGAGGUUUGGCUCUCCAGUAUACAGUCUGGCAUCAAGUCGGAAGUUACCCGCUUCUACAAUUUUCAGUGCGUCAGCCAUCUUAUCUGGGGGUCGAGCAGUGAGGUUCUUGUUGCUGCAGACCUUGCAACCGAUGUCCACAUCCUUCAAAUUAGCAAUCUUGAGACCGAGACUUCCAAAGGCCCAGAAACAAAGCGCUUAGCAGAUCCCAGCUUCAACCUUGAAGGCCGAGCCAUACAUCAGAUGCUGCUGGAUACCUCAUCGCGCCGACUUCUUGCUAUCAGCAACGAUCUCGUACAGGCAUGGGACAUAUUUGAUAGCGUCUUAACGGAGUCUAACGACAGUUUAAUGGAUGCAGCCUCUCGGUACUGGUGCAAUCAUUCCUCCGACAGAGAAUUAUUCAUCGGGGUUGGACCUGAGGAUAUCCAAGUUUUCGAAUGGUCCAGCCUUCAACAAGUCUCCUGCGUCAUGAUUGGCAUUGAUACUCAUAUGAAGAUUGGCCCCAACAGCUCUACAGUUUUGAGGAUAGAUGAGCAGUCUACCUCAAUGAAAACGGUGACUAGGACGAUACGAAAUGCUAGGCUCUCACAGGACGGCAAGCACAUCUUGAUCGAGAUAAAGGAAGCGACGGGACGGGGUCGGAGCAAGAUUCAACAUCUCGUGAUUACGACUAAAGAAUUAGCGGCGACAUUGAAAGGAGGCGACGGUGUUAUCCUUGACUCUCUCCAGAUCCCUGAUGAGGUGGCUCAAAACAUCGACGUUGCUUUAGCGAUCUUUCCUGGCGAGCAGCUGGUCUUUCUUGACCGGAACCUCUGGCUCUGUUCAAUGAAGUUGAGCCAACCAUUGGCGACAAAUGCCUUCAAGCGUCACUAUUUCAUUCCACGGGACUGGACGGAUGAAGGAGGUCUCCAGCAAUGCUGCGUGGUGAAGGACGGAACUCUGCUUUGUCCUCAGGAUGGCAAUGUGGUAGUAGUACGGAGUCACGUAGGCUUGUAGAUUAAAAACUAGAUAUUGAUUUGUUUAGUUUAGACAUCGCUCCAAAAGACAGAACAAUUAUUUAUGUAGAUG